GCAAAGAGGAAUAUCCGUUAUAUAAUGCUGGCUUGAUGCUCAUUUUUUAGUUAUUAAUCACGACGAAACCAGAACAAGAAGAUAACACAGCAACCAAAUCCACAAUCAUCAACACUUAUUGCAACAGAUUCUCGUCGCUAAUCACUCAGCGGGUACUGAUACAGCAUUUUAUCGGUGGUUAAAGCGUCUGAUGUGAAAAUGGCACAUUUACUUUCUGCGUCUUGCCCGUUGAAUAUCUCCUCAUGCUCGAAAAAUAAUAGCCCUAACUCGUUGAAGAAAUGUUUUUCUUCUUUACCUACUUCACUCACUUUACAAACUUCAGUUAAACCGUUCAAAACCCUUCCGUUAAACAGAAAGAAUGCGCAUAAACUUUUGUCGGUGCGUGCAACCACUCUUCAGCAGCCAACAGCCAAAACGGGGUCCGGUUCUGACCAAACCUCUGGUCAAGAGUCAAGGCCGACUCGGGUAAUGGUCAUUGGCGGUGAUGGUUAUUGUGGUUGGGCUACUUCCCUUCACUUAUCCAACAAAAACUACGAAGUUGCCAUUGUUGACAACCUUGUUCGUCGCCACUUUGACCACCAACUUGGGCUUGAUUCACUCACGCCGAUCUCAUCUAUUCAUGACCGGAUCCGACGGUGGAGAUCUCUUACCGAAAAAGACAUAAGUCUCUACAUUGGUGAUGUUUGUGACUUCGAGUUUUUGGCAGAGGCGUUCACAUCGUUCAAGCCCGACGCUGUAGUCCAUUUUGGUGAACAAAGGUCCGCCCCGUACUCCAUGAUUGACCGGUCAAGGGCGGUAUACACCCAACAAAACAACGUUCUAGGUACACUUAACGUUUUAUUUGCUAUAAAGGAGUUUAGCGAAGAUUGUCAUUUAGUAAAACUUGGGACAAUGGGAGAAUACGGUACACCGAAUAUAGAUAUCGAAGAAGGGUAUAUAACCAUUACUCAUAAUGGAAGAACCGAUACUUUGCCGUACCCAAAACAAGCUAGCUCGUUUUACCAUCUGAGUAAAGUACACGAUUCGAAUAAUAUCGCGUUUACGUGUAAAGCUUGGGGGAUACGAGCUACUGAUUUGAACCAGGGUGUGGUUUACGGUGUGCGGACCGAUGAGACUGCGAUGCAUGAAGAACUUUGUAAUAGAUUUGAUUAUGAUGGAGUGUUUGGAACCGCUUUGAAUAGAUUUUGUGUUCAGGCUGCGGUUGGUCAUCCCCUUACUGUUUACGGCAAAGGAGGCCAGACUCGAGGAUACCUGGAUAUAAGAGACACGGUCCAAUGUGUGGAGCUUGCAAUUGCUACUCCAGCGAAACGCGGUGAAAUGCGGGUAUUUAAUCAAUUUACAGAGCAGUUUUCGGUGAACCAACUUGCGUCACUUGUUACGAAAGCCGGUGAGAAGCUUGGAAUCGAGGUGAAAACAAUAUCUGUGCCAAACCCGAGAGUUGAAGCUGAGGAACAUUACUACAAUGCUAAACACACGAAACUCAUUGAGUUGGGACUACAACCACACCUACUUUCGGACUCACUUCUUGACUCACUGCUCAACGUUGCGGUUCAGUUUAAGGACCGUGUGGAUACUAAGCAGAUCAUGCCCAGUGUUUCUUGGAGAAAGAUUGGUGUGAAGCCAAAAACUGUAUCUGCGUAGACGUGUAAUAGUGAGUAUGGUUUACUUGGUGAGUUAUAUUUGUGUUAUGGCCUAUGGGAUACUACGGUAAUGACUAUGAUCCAGAAAAUUUAAAAGACUGUAAUGCAACAUAAGUUGAAUCUUAUUUGUUAGGUUUAUAGGACAGUAAACAGACCGAACGAAUUAUAUGAUAGCGUUUGUUUCUAUAAGAAA